AUGGACCCCGUCCUCAUAACGCCGGAUGACGUAGCUGAGGCGGUCCGUAGGGCCCCGAAUUGGAAAAGUCCGGGACUCGACGGACUGCAUCACUACUGGCUGAAGGGGUUCAUGGUGUGUCACGCUGUGCUCGCCCGACAGUUUCAAGAGGCUCUCGACCAAAAGUCGCUCCCGAGCCGCUUCACUACUGGGAUCACUCAUUUGGUUCCUAAGGACCGGGAUUCCACAGACCCGAGCAAACACCGCCCCAUAACGUGUCUACCUACCAUAUACAAGACACUAACAUCCAUUUUGAGCGCGAGAAUCAUUCGUCACCUGAACUCAAACCAGGUGAUGUCGCGCGCUCAAAAUGGAUGUCGGGGCGGUGGUCGUGGAACCAAGGAACCACUCCUCAUUGACGCGGUCAUUGGCAAGGUGGUUAAACGCAACCGUCGGAACAUCUCCGCCGCCUGGAUAGACUACAAAAAGGCAUUCGACUCGGUGCCUCAUACAUGGCUUAAGAGGGUCCUCGAGCUGUACAAGGUUGACUGUACAGUUCGAGACUUCCUCGGGCAGUGUAUGGGGCAAUGGAGUACGAUCCUUUGUCAUCUAGGCGAGCGGAUGACGGCUGCGGAGAACCACAUAAGGAUAAGAAGGGGUAUCUUCCAGGGCGAUUGUUUGAGUCCAACCUGGUUCUUACUCUCUCUGAACCCUCUCAGUACCUUACUGGAGGGCUCCGGGAGGGGAUUUCAGCUUCGGAGAGGAGGUACAAAAGUGACCCACCUUUUCUAUAUGGAUGAUCUCAAAUUAUUCGCCUCCAGUCGCUCUCAUCUUAUGGAAUUGCUAAUGCAUCACUUGUGA